AUGGACGACAAGACCGCCGGACAGGCACGGGCAGACGAUGUGUAUACUACGCCCCAGAAGAAAGGCGGCGUCAUCAACAAGCUGUAUCCACCAGGGCCAACGCCAGGCGCAAAAGGACGCAUGAAGAACCACUGCAGAAAAUUUUGGUGGUGUGAUUGUCUGGUACUCGUGAUCAUUGUUUUGGUCAUUGUUUUGCCAAUCAUAUUCGUCGGUGUGCCAAAGAAGGCACAGCAUGAGAUCAAUUCCUCGACAAUCGAAGUUACUUCCCAAGAGGUGACGGAUCCGCAAGCAGAUGGGAUACAUUUAAAGAUCGAUACUGUCAUCAGGAGUGAUAGUAGUUACCACCCUAAGAUCGAUGCCUUCCGUGCCGGUUUGUCGCUCGAAGGCCAGGAGCCUUUCCUUUACGUUGAGAUACCGGAGGCCAAAUCUGAAGCAGAAACGCGUAUUACUGUUGAUCAAGACGUCAAGUUCGCGAACGCAGAUGCAUUUUCAAACUACACUCGAGCUGUUCUGGAUGCCGAGACAUUUGAAAUCCACCUUGAUGGCAAGACGACUAUUCACCUCUCUGGUCUACCAUCUAUGGAUGUCGAUUAUAACAAGGUCGUUACGAUGAAAGGACUAAAUAAACUUUCCGGGCUUAACAUAAUCGACGUUCGCCUUCUCUCCGGUAAAGACGAGAUUUUGUCAGAUGGCUCCAACCUUAUUGCCAACGUCACCAUUCCCAACCCGUCUGUCAUGACACUCGAUCUGGGCAACGUCACCAUGAACCUCGCCGUCGAUGGCACUCCGAUUGGCUAUGCUCUCAUUCCGAACGUCUUCCUCACGCCUGGGGAGAACAAAUUCCCUCUACAAAGCCACGUCGAACAGCUCACUCUUCUGGGCUUAAUCCAGGGCAAAUACAAGAACGGUAUCUUACCGCUUCAGAUCGUGGGCAACUCGAGCGUGAAGGGUGACCAGCAUCUUACGUACUACGAAGACGCGAUCAAGAGUAACACGAUCAACCUGGAUCUGGAUGCCGGGCCGGCGUUGGCUGGUAUUGGAAUCAACAUCACCAGCUUUGGUUCUUCGUAG